AUGGUGGAUGAUGAAGAGACCUAUAAAGCAAUGGGAAGUGAAAAAGCUGAUGGGUUCCAUAAGGAUCCUAUGUUAUCACAAAAUGGAGGUCUUAACAAAGGCUCUUCCAAGACUUUCCUCGCAGAAAAUGUCCAGCCCGUUGGUACAAAUCUUACACCUAUAAUGCGCUGCCUGGAAAGAGUUCAUAGACCUAAGAGGAAUGCAUCACAAGAUCAAAACCUACCUCACGUCAUGAAAGGUUCCUCUUCACCCGCCAAGGAGAGACGUGACUCUUGCGUUAUGGAAUGCGCUCGUUUUCAAGCGGGGGAGGAGCCGCCUUUGACUUUUAAAGCUAAGGAACGGAUUGACCUAAACCAUAUGAAGGAAAGAUUAGCAGACUUCAACGUGUAUCCAAAAGCAGAAGCUGCAAAUAGAAAUAGAAACAAAUUGGAAUCAAAAUCCGGUGAGGGUCAACGUUAUGUUGAGACUGAUAUGUGCCCGACAGGAAAUGACCCGACAUUUCCUAUUAAUAACGACCCGUACAUACAAAUGAGUCUGCUAGAGAAUAACAUUGUCGCAUCCCCGGACCGAGCCGGUAUGGAGUACGAAGAAGUGGAAGCGGAAACAGACGAGGGUGCUCGAGGCCUAGCGGACCCCUACGGAGAUCCAAGAUUUGUUCCAUCUCUCAAUGAGGAGAUUGUGUUUAAUUUUCACGAGGCGAGUCAUACGGGCCAGAAACUGUUUGUGUGCAGCGAAUGUGGCGAAUGUUUUCCAAAGAAUUCGCAGCUGGUGGAACAUCAUCGCCUGCACAGCGCUGAAAAACCCUUUGCUUGCCCCGAAUGCGGAAAACAGUUUGCCGACCGCGCCAAUGUCAUCGCGCAUCAGUUGGUGCACGCUAAGCUCUGUGCGCCCGUGAGAGAGCGAUCCUCGGGGGAGGGGCGUGUUGUGUGUUCGGAAUGCGGGAUGACUUUGGCCGACGGCUCCGCCUUUGAGGAGCAUCUAAAAGUUCACAGCCAAGAGAAGGCCUUCGUGUGUCCCGUUUGCGGCAAAAGCUUCAGCAGGAGAGGACAUCUUAGUAACCAUAAAAAAAUUCACAACGGGGGAAAGCCCAUUUCCUAUUCCGAAGGCGGCAAUAAACGCUUCCCCCACAGCAGCUACACGCGGAAGAGAUCGUUUCAGUGCCCCGAAUGCGGAAAAUGCUUCCCGAGCCGCUGCCACCUCGACAGACACCAGCGUGUCCAUACUGGGGAGAAACCGUUUUCGUGCGCGGAAUGCGACAAGCGCUUCACCGACCGCUCGGGCUUGGUCAUACAUCAAAGGAUCCACACGGGGGAGAAGCCUUAUGCUUGUUACGAGUGUGGGAAACGGUUCAGAGACCGCUCGGGACUCGUAGUCCACCAAAGGACGCAUACUGGCGAGCAGCCUUACAAAUGCCUCCAAUGCGGGAAGUGCUUUCACAAUCGGACACGUCUUGACCACCACAAGAGCGUCCACGCCGAGGAGAAGGCCUUCACCUGUUCUCAGUGCGAUCAGGUCUUCCUGGACGUCACCGCUUUUGCUUUGCAUCAGCGCGCUCAUUUUGCUCAAGUGGGAACGGAAAGCUACCCUCCCCAGUUGCUUUCCAAGCAAAGCCAGGAAGCACCCCAGUUGUUUUUGUGCCCGGAGUGCGGGAAAAGCUUUGACGAUCCAUCCGUUCUCUCUCUACACAUAAGCACCCACCGAAUAAAUCCAACCAAAAGUUUCUCUGAGCCUACGCAUUUCGAACCGCAGCACAAGAUUGCUGCUGCCAAGCUGUACCCGCGUUCAGAAGGUGAACAAUCAAGUCAGUUUGCAAGUCAGGGAACGCACGGGUUACAUGCGUGUUCCCAGUGCAAUCAGAGGUUUUCUGAUCUUGCGAGUCUUACGGCUCACGAACAGCAACAUUCGGAAGAGAAACCCUAUAAAUGUGCAAAGUGUGGGGAAUGUUUUGUGCUGAAGGGUUAUCUAAUGAAGCACUUGGAGACUCAUGUGUGA